UGAAGAAAUUAACGCUGAAGAAAUUAAUGCUGAAGAAAUGAGUGACAACUCUGAGAAUAUAGAAAGAUAUAUACAUAGUAUUUGGCAGAAAAGACACAAUACUAGAGAAAACCAUCUACUAUUCAAUAUUGAAAAUAUUAAUAUCUAUACCAACACGAUACGUUUUGCUAAGGACAAGAUACCUGAUGAGGUGAUUGAUGCAUACAUGUUCUCUAUUAUAAGGCAGCAAAAGAGUAAUUACCAAUAUUUAAAGUGUACAUUGAUGUCAAUGAUAUUUGAUGUCAGGCAACAAGCUGCAGUAUCAGAGUUGGAAAUAGUUGGCGAGACAGUAAUUGGUGUACUGAAUAUUGGUUCCAACCACUGGAUGCUAAUAGUUAUAUACAUAAACACGAAAACAAUUCUACUGGUUGAUCCAUUGGGAGAGCUAGAAAGAUCAAAAAAAGAAAUACUACAGAACUGGAGAAAUUUCAUCAAUAUCAAUGAAUCAGUUUGUUCAACUGUUGAUGGUUGGGUGGUAAAUGGUAUUCCUCACCCCAAACAGCCUGAUAGUAUUUCUUGUGGAGUGCUAUGUCUAAAGUUUGCUGAAAAGAUAAUUAGCGGACUUGAAGUGUCAUUUUCUGUCACUGAUAAUGAUUUAUCCACUUAUAGAAUGGAAAUUUUAAAAACCAUUUUUAAAAUUCAAGGAAGCACCGUUUCAGAUAUCUGUAGAAUCUGCAGUACAAAAUAUCCAAAAGGUCAAGUUAAUAAUAUACAGUGGAUUGGCUGUGAUAAAUGCAUGGUGUUUUGGGUUCACUAUAAAUGUAUGAGAACACUGAAAACAUUCUCUGAGCUUUCUACCUUGGUAUAUAUAUGCCCUUUAUGUACAUACAUACCAUCAAAUUGGUAAGAGUUCAUAACCUGGAAUUCUAAGCUAUUGAGCAUUACACGAUUAUCUUAUAUCAAUGUAUAAAUUAUUAUAUAAUAUACAGGUUGUAUGAUAUAUUGGCAAUAUUUAAUAUCAAUGUAUAAAUUACUUUACUAUCUGAUAUAUAGACUAUAUAACUAUAUGAUAAUACUACUACAUUUACUCUCUGGCUUUAUUUAAUGUCAAUAUAUUUAUCCCUAUACAUGUAUCUAAGCUAUAUUUAAUAUCAAUUAUUACUGUAUAAUAUAAGGACUUUGUUUAUAAUGAUGUACAGGUUAUAUUUCAAAUUGGUAUAUCAAUUACUAUAUGAUGUACAGGUUAUAUUUGAUAUCAAUCAUUAAAUUACUAUAUGAUGUACAGGUUAUAUUUGAUAUCAAUAUGUAAAUUACUAUAUGAUGUACAUGUUAUAUUUGAUAUCAAUCGUUAAAUUACUAUAUGAUGGACAGGCUAUAUUUGAUAUCAAUAUGUAAAUUAUUAUAUGAUGUACAGGCUAUAUUUCAAAUCAAUAUAUAAAUUACUAUAUGAUGUACAGGUUAUAUUUGAUAUCAAUCGUUAAAUUACUAUAUGAUGUACAGGUUAUAUUUGAUAUCAAUAUGUAAAUUACUAUAUGAUGUACAUGUUAUAUUUGAUAUCAAUCUUUACAUUACUAUAUGAUGUACAGGCUAUAUUUGAUAUCAAUAUGUAAAUUAUUAUAUGAU